UCAUCACACUCCAAGCCUUCGAUUCUUCCACUGCUCUCCAGAAGACAGUUCAUCACCAGCAACACACUCAUACCUCCACCUUCAUCAUGCAGUUCUCCUCCAUUGUCACCUUCGCUCUGCUGUGCGCUGCAGCCACCGCCUCCUCCCUCAACGCUGGUGCCAAUCAGUUGGACAAACGACUCUUCUGCAACGACGCGACAUGUAACACCCAGUGUCUCAACGCCAAUGCCCUUAGUGGGCAAUGCGGUGGGACGGAGGACCUUCGCUGCAUCUGCAGUUACAGGGUGCCAUUGGCUGACACGAAGGGUGCCGCUGCCCCUGCCGGUCCUGCUGCCCCUGCCGCAGGUCCCUGAGGAAUAUUGUCUUGGAACAAGGCGUUUGGCGUGGCUAUUACAUGACACGCCUGCUUCAACUUUUCUCAUCUUGGUCACUCGUUCUCAUAAUUAAUAAUUAAUAUCAAAUUU